AUGGCUCGAAGGACCAAACCUCAGAAUAGAACUAGAGAGAACGAAGCCGAGGUUGUGUCAGACUCUGCUGCAAGGAACUUGCUAGCGAGUCAACCAAAACUAACUGCUAAAUCAAAGGUCAAAAAGCUAACUAAACUACAGGUAAAGAAACAGCAGGCUAAGAUAAGGUUAUAUGGUGCUAAAAAUGGGAAAGAGUAUAAAGAAGAGCAACUAGAUAUUCCCAAUUUAAAUAGAGCCAUUGUCCCCGGUAUCAAACCCAAACGAGGCAAAAAGGGCAAGAAGUUUGUUGACGAUAACGAUUCCCUCACAUAUAAACGAUUGGUGAAAAGCAUCAAUGAUAAGUAUGACCAAGUAAAUGAAAGCAAAUUGGAAAAAUCGAGAAGAUUAGAAGAAAUACGAGAGUUGAAAAAGCAGGAAAUAGAACGUAAGGAACAACAAAAGAAAGACAAGCUAAAUAACAAGAAAGACGAAUUGCGAAAUAAAGCUGCAAUGGCCAGAUCAACAAGAAGAAAAAACGCUAAAGCAAGAAAGGCAGAAGAAGGUGGUCAAAAUGGAGAAGAAGCAAAACCAUUAAAAAAGAAAUCAAAAGUGCCCCAUCUAAGUAAAGUUCCUGCGGCAUUCCAUAUAACAGUACCCAAAAAUAGCACCAAGGACCCACCAGGUAUUGGUAUGAAAAAAAUUCCCACUGGAGCCGCGGGGAAAAGCACCGAGAAAGCACCAAAUAUACUGAAUAUUGCUCCUGAUGCUCCCAAAGAUGCCACUGACAAAGAUGUGCCCAUAAACAUGGGAAUUGCUAUCGAAGCAAAGGAGGAAAUCACGGCUGAGUUUAAAUAA